AUGCCGCUUUUCUCGUCUCCCAAAAGGGACCUGAGCGAGGAACGCGAUCCGAGGCGACCAAAUGGCUCAAAUGGCGCCAUCAACGACCCUGAAGAAGGCGAUCAGAUCGCCCCAGAUGAACACACUAGACUACUACCAAACCGCGUCAACUCGACCCAGCCUGGCUUGCUUGCGCCAGAUGAUCCCGCAGUGUCUCCAUACAACCUCUGGAGUAUCCGAGCCCUACGAUAUCUGACGGUUGCUUUCACUUUGAUAACACUCGUCUUUUGGAUUUUGAUUCUCGUGUCUACAUUUGUGACGCCACCUGGUAUCAGUACUCGUGGCAGCCCAUGGUUUGCCUUUGGUUUCGCAACAUGGACCCUCGUGAAUCUCAUUUUUACCCUUAUCUUUUUCGAGGUGCCAUCCAAGUCUGUCAGAAUUCUGGCCGUUUUCAUGUCGGGCGUCAUUCUCCUCGACAUGGUUCUCCUCUUGUCUGUGCAAAAGACUCGAUACGAAGAAGGCUGGGUUGGCGCAAUCAGCGUCAUCUGGGCCCUACUCACCAGUCUCUGGACUCUGUUGGUUGACCGCAUGGUGAAAUGGGGCAAGGCCGAGGAGGAGGAACGCUUGACCGGUCGAGCUGAGACAAGAAGAACCCUGUUCGAAUGGUCCGAGGUCAUGAUCUCAACUGUCGCCUAUGCCGUCAUGUCGGUCGCUGUCUUUCUCAUCACUCUGACCAUCAUCCUGCGAGCUCUCGAUGCAGGCGUGCCGCACCCAGGGAAGCUGCACUGGGUCGACAACCACAAGUAUCGCAUCCAUGUCUACUGCCACGGUAACAAGACCGACUCAAAGGGCAACGAGCUCCCCACUGUCUUGUUUGAGGCCGGCGAGCGAACUGUCGAAUACGAAUUCUGGAACUUUGCCGACAAUGCCGUCAAGAAUGGAUCCAUCUCACGAUACUGCUUUGCUGACCGCCCUGGCUACGGCUGGUCAGACAACGCGCCCUCCCCUUCGUCGGCAGGCUUCGUGGUCGAUACCCUUAGCGAAGCUCUGGCUGAUGCUGGGGAGCAUGGGCCAUGGAUUCUUGCCAGUGCCGGAAUUGGAUCAAUCUACUCGAGAGUCUUUUCAGCGCGGCAUGGAGACCAUAUCAAAGGUUUGCUCCUUAUCGACCCUCUACAUGAGGAUCUACUUGAUGAUGUCGCAUCGCCAGGUCGCGGAUUUAUCCUCUGGCUCUGGGGUGUUAUUUCCCCACUCGGACUGGACCGAAUCCCUGGUGCCAUCUUUCGCGGACGAACAAGCCGCGACCGAGUAUAUGGACGAUCAGCGCAGCAGAAUGGUAAAUUUAUCUUUGCCAAGCUGCAGGAGAGCCUGGUGGCUGGCUCUUUUACUCGACGAGACGCGAAGACUAGUCGUCAGAUCCAGGACAAGGACACGCCGCUUGUUGUAAUUAGCUCUGGAAAGCAUAUCAAGAAUAGCCACACAUGGGAGAAGAAGCAGCGAGAUUUGACCAAGUUGACGGAUAACUUGAAGGAUUGGGACAUUGUCGACGGGUCCCCUCACGAAGUCUGGAGCACCGUCGAAGGUCGAAAGAAGAUUGAGAAGAGACUCAAAGAGCUGGUACAUGCUUGA